AUGCCCUGUCGACGUCGCAUGCUUCGUAUCACAUGGUUUUGUACGUGUUGCAACAUGCGGUACCCUCAAGGCCUAAAUGUCUGUAUCAGUGUCUCCCAGCUCUAUCCUGAGUUCAACUCGAAGUUGUCUGCCAUCAUGCCAUCAGCACACCAUUGCGCAGCAACUAUAGAGUCGAGCUUGGGCACUGAUCCAGAGUUCUCGUCGGAUUCUGAUUCAGACGACUCGGACGCAGAGCUCAUCCAGGUCCGCGCUGCACUUGCUCCUGCACCUCCAGAUGCGACAUCUCAAGAGCUGCGCAGGGCCCUAGAGAUCUCGCAGAGACUAUUGCUCGACUUGUGUGCUCGCACCUGUCCAGACAUCGACCUCAAUAGCAAGGAGCGUUGGCUUACAGGAGUCUCGAUGGAGGAUGGUGUGAGGGCCGAGCUCUUCAAGUUCAUUCCUGAAGAAGAACGUGAAUUGAUGAGCUAUCAAAACUUCGGAUCUCAGUUUGGUAGGGGCGUCAGCAACGCUCAUUCCAAAAUGGCAUCUGACGUCAAAUCAUGCGCAAACCUGAUAAUCCAGUACCCAUCAGUUGUUGAAAACUGCAAAGCUCGUGCAGGUGUCUUGAAAGUAUCGCUCUUCAGCAAGUCGUCAUUGGCACCUACAGGCGCUGCGUCUUCUAGGACAAAAGCCAAGAUCUGGAAAUUGCGAGCUAUAACGCCAGGUAUGAUUGCUGCUGCUGCUGUCGUGGCAAUCUUCCUACUCUCUGGUGAUGCAGAACUCACUGAAAUUGGUGACACUACGAAGAUUCCGUACCGCGAAUACCACAACUUCUACCGUCAGCGUUUACUGACUGGAGGUGCCUGGGCGCACCAGGUCAUCACAUUCUUCAAUGAUGCCCUUUUCUCAGGAACUUCGUCUUAUGUUCCCCCUUCUACUGCUCUCAAUGAUGACGGACUGGGUCACACAUGGGAAGAAGACUUCAAUCGCGCAAUAGAAGAUGAACUAGAAGAACCGGUUGUUGAUGACGGCACACCACCAAUCCCGUCACGACAUGCUAAUGACAAUACUAAUAGCGGUAAUGUCCAAGUCAAUGAGCUACUACCUGUGUCUCACCAUACUUCAGCUCCCUCAAUUCCAGCUCCCUCAAUUUCGGCUCCCCCUCAAGCUGUUGCAGCUCCCCCUAUUGCAGCUCCCCCUGUAGUAACAGCUCCUCCUGUCAUCAAUAUGGCUCGAAGUUCAGAAUCUAUCACUACUGCAUGGAUGAACUCAAUCUUAGGCAUCAGGAUCUUGCUGAAUCUGACCUUCCUGCUCCAACUAAAGCACGCGCAAAACCGAAGGCAGGCGCAAAGGCAAGACAACUGCGGAGGGUGA